AUGGCCAGCAAGCUCUGCAGAAGCAGGGCCCUGGCCUCUGCCCUGCGCUCCGCGAAGCCGUCGCCAGCUAUCAGAUGCCUCUCGACCACCAGCCGUAACCUUGUCAACAUGCCCGAAGCCCCCAACCCGCGGCACUUCCCCCGUGAGCCCCAGCCGGGCGCCCUGACUGCAGCUCUGGUCAACCCGGCCGACAAGUACCAGUCCAAGGCCGACAAUCUCCACAAGUACGGGUCGUGGCUCAUGGGCUGUCUCCCCAAGUACAUCCAGCAAUUCUCGGUUUGGAAGGACGAGUUGACCAUUUACAUUUCCCCCCCCGGUGUCAUUCCUGUCUUUUCGUUCCUCAAGUACAAUACGGCGGCCGAAUACACCCAAGUCAGUGACAUCACUGCGGUUGAUUUCCCCACCAAGGACCAGCGCUUCGAGGUCGUCUACAAUCUGCUGAGCGUGCGCCACAACUCGAGAAUCCGCGUCAAGACGUACGCCGAUGAGGUGUCCCCCGUGCCCAGCAUCACGCCCCUCUACGACGGCGCCAACUGGUACGAGCGCGAGGUCUACGAUCUCUUCGGUGUCUUCUUCACCGGCCACCCGGACCUGCGCCGCAUCAUGACCGACUACGGCUUCGACGGCCACCCGCUGCGCAAGGACUUCCCCAUGACCGGCUACACCGAGAUUCGCUGGGACGAGGAGAAGAAGCGCAUCGUGACGGAGCCUCUGGAGAUGACACAGGCCUACCGCAACUUUGAGGGUGGAUCCAGCGCUUGGGAGCAGGUCGGAGCUGGUAUCGACCGCAAGCCCGAAUCCUUCAAGCUCCCAACGCCGAAGCCGGAGACGAAGCCGGAGGAGAAGAAGUAA